AUGGCUGAAAAUGGAUUUGAAUCAGAGAUUGGAUCCCAAGAGAAUCUCGCGGCUGAAGCAAUUAAUCUUGACAUUGAUGAGUUGGACGACACUGAAUAUGCAAUACCAGCAGUGGACAAGCUACCCUCGUUAGAAAGUAUCCUAACAGAGCCAGACUGUGCAUCUCUCUCCGGAACGGAGCUCGAUAUAAAUUCAGCAGUAGCCUCCUCCUCAUCCUCAGUCUUAGGACCCUCAAACCUUCUCGGCCCAGACCCAAUAGACGGAAGUGAAACGACAAGUAUCGGAAGUUUACUAUCCCUAAACUCCCUAAACAAACCCCAGACAAGAAACCCUGAAUUCCCACUAUCAGGUGUGAUAUUAAAGCACGCAAUAAUGCGAGGCAUAACAUCUCAAAUAAAGUCAGCAAGUGAGAAAGUAAACGGCGGCCUAGCGAGUGCAGUAGCAGCCGGUGGAGACAUGCUAGUAAUAGGGACCAGCCACGGCUUAAUUCUAGCCUUCGACUCAAAGCAAACCUUGCGUUGGUGCAACCAAGAAGCCAGACACCAGGGCUCAGUUUCAGCUCUAGGAUUCAACCAUGACGGAAGUAGAUUGCUAGCUGGGUUCGCAAGAGGACACAUUUUGAUGAUAGACAGCAGCGCUGGGAAAGUUUUGAGAGUCCUAACUGAAGUCCACCCACCCGGAACAGCUGUCUUGCACGUUAAGUUCACGGAUUUACCAACCCUGGCUCUUUGCAGCGACAGCGGCGGGUCCGUUUUUGAACUGACCUUCACCAGGACAAUGGGGGUCAGAGGCUGCGACAGUAAAUGCUUAUUCAGCGGCUCAAGAGGAGAAGUCUGCACCUUGGAGCCUCUUUUAUUAAAUAACCUACCAAGACAUCCCUUAAAGAGUUACAUUCUAGUAGCUUUAGCAACACUAUCAAAAGUAAUAGUAGUUUGCAUAAGACCCAGGAUAAGAGUCGUGCUAACUCACCCGCUUCUAGGCCCAGCCACAGCGCCUCCUCAAGUCUCCUGGCAAUUAGUAGUGAUUCAAGCGCCCGACGCUUCGAGAGUUAUCGACCCAGUACUUGCACUAGCUCGAGAAUCAACAGUACAUUUUUAUCAAGUCUGCUCAGAAGCAGGCUCCAGAGUCAGACUAUCGCCCCUCCGCAGGAUAACACUGUCCUACAUCAUCAGCAACCUAAGAUGGCUCAAUACUAGAUCUCUAGCAAUCCUAGACACUCAAGAGCGGCUCCAUCUUCUUGAUGUAAGAACCCAAGAAGACCUAGAGACAAUUGACAUGAGCCCAGUGGGAAUUUCCUACUCUUCAAGUCACUUUAAGGGACUCUCUACAGGCGGAAAUGUCUCUAAAGCAAUGGCGUUAGCAGGAGAACGCGCUUCUUAUAACACAGUAAUAACUUACGGAAGUCAGCUGCUUCUUUUGGGAACUCGGAGGCUUCAUAUUGUCUUUAUAAGGACCUGGUCUGAAAGAUUGAGGUACCUGACUCUUGAAAAAAGAUUCCCUGAGGCGCUAGCUCUAGGGUUGGCUUUUUAUCAGGAUAAAGGGAAAGCUGUUGUGGGGCUAAGUGGGCUUAAAAAAGUUAGGAAGCGCAUGACUUUUAUUAAAACGAGUCAGGUUCUUAUGCAGUAUAUGCAAGAGCUUAAUAAAUUACCAACAAUUGCUGCUUCUUCUGAAACUGCAACUACAGAAACUACUAGUAACACUAGCAGCAGUAGCAGCAGCAGUAAUAUAAAUCCUAGUGAUAGUAUUUUUUGCAACAAUAACAACAACAAUAAUAAUAACGCAGAAAAUGAAAUAAUUUCAACUUGCGUUGACUACGCAGUGCAAUUAGAAAACACUCAUUUAUUAUUCGGCCCACUUUGGGACUUAGUUUGUGACAAUACGCUCCUAAAAGGCUACUUUUUACGUGCGUUAGAAACACCUUUGCUCGACGGAAGUCUUCCACCGAGAUUGCCUCCGUUAAUAGCCCAGCAAUUGGUAGCUUUGUAUGAAAAAGAGCAGAGGUUUGAGUCACUGCAAACAAUAAUUGUUUUAUUGGACAUAGACUGCUUGGAUAUGCACCAGGUAACUACUGUUUGCCGUGAAAAGUGUCUCUGGGAGGCGCUGAUACACCUCCAGACAGUUGCACUAGGUGACUAUACUGCGCCAGUGCACCAAUUGAUGCCAAUCUUGCAGAAUUAUUUGAUAAAUAAGGAUUCUUUGUCAAGAGAGUGUAUUAAACUUGGGAAUGCGCUGUUGGUUUAUGCAAGCUGCUGCUUAGCAGGUAGAGGAUUUCCUCGAGGAGAUUUACCAGAAGGACAGCCUCCGCGUGCAAAAGCUCAGAUACUAGCUGCGUUACUAUCUCAGCACUCUAGUCUAGCAGCGGAUAGUGAAAGACAGUACCCUUAUUUACGUACUUUGUUAAAAUUUGAUGCGAGGGGAUUUUUGGAUGUUAUUUCAAUGGCGUUUCAGGAGCCGGAGUUUAAAACUGAGAUGGGUUAUAGGCAACGUCAGCGGCUUAUUGAUAUUUUAUUGACUAUUGUGGUUCCUUCUACGCCUCCUAGUCCGCAAAGUCAGGAUUAUUUAGAUGAGAAUAAAAAAUCACCGGUUUUGGUUUUUAUUGCCAACCAAGUUGCUAAUACAAAUGUUACUUUGGAGCCUGGAGUUUUGAAGCAGCUCGUUGAAUUAUUGUGCACGGAAAGUUUGAGUAGUAAAAUUGUAAGGGACCAAAAAUUAGAGCGGGAAAAUGCGGUGCUGCAAUUAAUUUAUACGCAUAAGUUAAAUGGAAUUACGGAUAAUGUUUUGUUAACUUUAGCGCAGAGGGUUAAUUAUUACAAAAUUGCGGAGGUGAUUUACACUGCUAGGGAUGACUGGACGUCUGUUUGUAAGUGUUUUAUAGCUGAUUGCUAUCGUCAGCACCAAGUUUGGUCCUGGUUGGAAAAACUUUCCACAAGUGGGUUUAUUAAAGUUGUUCUUGAUAAUAUUCCGGCUUUGGUUGGGAUUGAUGUUGAUAGAAUAGCUGGUUUAAUUGCUAAAAGAAUUCCUGGGAAGGUUGAUAAAAUUAUUGAAAGAUUGAAAAAUGAUCCCAGUCUUGAAUACUCGCUUUUAUUGGCGCUGUUUUUAAUUAAUCAGUAUAAUGAUGAGGAAGCGAGUAAGGUUGAGUUGGCUACUCAGCAAUUGGAGAGAUUGUUGGAGCUUAUGUGUCAGUAUGACCCCGCAAGGGUUGUUGGUCAUAUGAAUGGAGCUCAUGGCUGUAGGCUGGAUCAAGCUUUGGUUAUUGUGGAAAAAAGUGGGCAUCAGGAAGCUCUGGCGCUGAUGUAUGAAAAAAUGGGAAAUUUUCAGGAAGCUUUUGAGCUGUUGUCUGGAAUUUUGAAGAAAAAAUUGAGAGAUUUUUGUGAUGGUGGAAGUGAGGAAGAUGUUGUGGCUGCUACGAUUAAUGUUUCGGGAUUGUGUAGGAGGUCUGCGGGGAAUUUGGACUGGAUGCCGCUUGUUGAAACUGUUUUAAAGUCAUAUGAUUUGGAGAGUGAUAAGAAUGAUAAAAAGGAUAAGUUGGAGAAUUUAAGGGGGAAAUUGUUGAAGAUUGUUCUUGAGGCGCUAAGUGGGACUAAUGCUUUGUCGAUUGUGCUAGAGAGGAUUUUGAAACAUCCUUUGGCUACUUCGGGGACUGUUGGGGAUAUUAGACAGUUGCUCACGGGAGUGUUGACUCAUUCGAGAUACGAACAAAUUUUGGUGGAGAAAACUGCUAAGUUGGUCAGUUUGGAGUUACAUGAGUCGUUGAAAAAAACUCUUAGAGAUGCAGGAAGAGCGUGUGCCAGUGCCUGCACAGUUUGUCCAGUUUGUCGACAAAUUCUCAGUCAGUGUACAGAUUACACGGUAUUUUUUGGCUGCGGGCACGGAUUUCACUCUCAAUGUCUAGGAGAGACAAAAUUAUGCUACAAAUGCUUAACUGAUAAAGGUUGGGCACCUGUUGCUACUAAUUAUACGCCCGAAUCAAGAGCCCCUCCUGAAAGACCACCAAUACUACCACCGAUGUUCAUGCGCCGCCGUGAUUUGACUCUUAAACUUGGUGCACCAACUGUUUUACCAAAUCUCGAAGGUAUUUUUUAAAGUCUAGUCUUUUUGUUACAAACAGUGACGCUAUAAUAAUUAUUAUUAAUAUUUUUCUUCUG